AGAUUUUUUGGACCAUUUUGAUAAUUUCUUGGAAGGAACACAUGUCUGCAAACUGAAACAUUCUUCUUUGGAGGUGAAGAAACACCAAAGAAUCAAAUGGAUAAGUAAAAAACAUUUUUUAAUAUGUUAAGGUUAGCUUACCCUUCCUUUGAUCACUUUCAUAUUUGUUCUUAGAAACAAAAUCUUGUCAAAAGAUCUCUACCAUCUUCCAUGUCAAACCUUCUCAUCUCUUCCCUUCUUCUCACCACAAACCUUAUCUUUCUAACCUCAGUUUCAUCCACAGAGUUCAUCUACAACACCAACUUCAACUCCACCAACACUCUUAUCUAUGGCAACGCCACUAUUCAAUCUUCCAUUCUCACCCUUACCAAUAGCUCCACCUUCUCUGUGGGCCGUGCUUUCUACCCUUUUAAGAUCCCCACCAAAUCUUCCAAUUCUUCAACCCCUUUACCUUUCUCAACCUCCUUCAUUUUCUCCAUUGCUCCGUUCAAAGGCCUUCUCCCUGGCCAUGGCUUUGUCUUCAUAUUCACACCUUCUGCAGGCACCAUUGGGGUGAGUUCUGCUCAGCAUCUGGGCCUCUUCAACUUAACCAACAAUGGUGAUCCCAACAACCAUGUCUUUGGCAUUGAGUUUGAUGUGUUUGACAACCAAGAGUUCGAUGACAUCGAUGAAAAUCAUGUGGGGGUGGACGUAAACUCUCUUGUUUCUUUUGCUUCCCAUGCUGCUGGAUUUUGGGGUGGGAACGAUGGUGACAGGUUUGAGGAUUUGAAGCUUAAUAAUGGUGAGAACUAUCAAGUGUGGAUUGACUAUUUAGAUUCCAGAGUUAAUGUUACGAUGGCUCUUGCAGGCCAAAAGAGACCCAAGAAGCCUUUGAUUAGUGAACUUGUGGAUCUCUCUGAAGUGCUUUUGGAUGAAAUGUAUGUUGGAUUUUGUGGGGCAACAGGGCAGCUAGUAGAGAGUCAUAAGAUUUUGGCUUGGAGCUUCAGUAACUCAAAUGUUUCUAUCGGUGAUGCUUUAGUUACUACAAAUCUGCCUUCAUUUGUGCUUCCCAGAGAAUCUAUUCUUAGGUCAAAAGGUUUUGUUGUAGGGAUCACUAUAGGUGUUUUGUUUGUCAUCGGUAGUGCAGUUGUAAUGUUUGUGUUUUUUCUCAGAAGAAAAAGGAGCAAAAGAAAGGAGGAGGAAGAAGACAUUGAAGACUGGGAACUAGAGUAUUGGCCACACCGUGUAAGAUAUGAGGACAUUUAUGCUGCAACUAAAGGAUUUUCAGACCAAAAUGUAAUUGGGUUUGGAGGGAAUGGAAAAGUGUAUAAAGGGCUUCUCCAAGGAGUGCAAGUUGCAGUCAAAAGAAUUCCUUAUGACAGUAAACAUGGAAUGAGAGAGUUUUUGUCUGAGAUUUCAAGUUUAGGCAGGUUGAAGCAUAGGAAUGUGGUUCCAUUGAGAGGUUGGUGUAAGAAGGAGAAAGGGAACUUGAUCUUAAUCUAUGACUAUAUGGAAAAUGGAAGUUUGGAUAAAAGAAUAUUUGAUGGUGAUGAGAACACAGUUUUUGGUUGGGAGGAGAGAGUGAAGGUGCUGAAGGAUGUAGCUCAUGGUAUAUUGUAUUUGCAUGAUGGUUGGGAGGUUAAGGUGUUGCACAGAGACAUCAAGUCAAGCAAUGUGUUGCUUGAUAAGGAUAUGAAUGCAAAAUUGGGGGAUUUUGGACUUGCCACAAUGCAUCAUCAUGAGCAGAUAGGUCACACAUCACAAGUGAUUGGAACUGUUGGUUUCAUGGCACCAGAACUUGUUCAUACAGGGAGAGCCUCAACUCAGAGUGAUGUGUUCAGCUUUGGAGUGUUGGUUUUAGAGGUGGUGUGUGGGAGAAGGCCAAAUGAGGAAAACAAGCCAACCUUGGUUGUUUGGUUGAUGGGGCUAAUGGAGAGAGGAGAAGAGUGUUGUGGUCUUGAUGAAAGAUUAAAAGGGAGAAGUGAAUGUGAAUGUAAGAUUGAUGAGGUUAAGAGGGUUAUUCAUCUUGGUUUGUUGUGCACUCAUCCUGAUCCUCAUGUUAGGCCAAGUAUGAGACAGGUUGUGAAAGUGCUUGAGGGAGAGGAUUUAGAUGGAAGCUUGGUUGAGAAAAUAAAUUCAGCAGCUGAAUAUGUUGGGAGCUUUGGUAACAGCAUUCACCCCACAAUUCAGGAUAUUUUUGCCUCCCACUUCUCUUACUCAACUGUGUGUGACACUGAGGGCAGAUAAAUAGCCUAGAAAAUCAUUUCAGUAUUGGUUCAUUGAAACAACUGCAAAAUGCAUCAUUGCAAAUUUGCUAAGUGUGUCCCCAGUGACAGUCUUGGCUAUUGUUACACACCGGUUGAAUUGUUUGUAUAUGAAAAUGGCAUUCUGUAUAUGCUUUAAAAUUUUGUUCUAUUCAAAGUACUUGUUUACUAUAUAAUAAUAGAUUCCAAUGUGAUUUUUUUUAA